GUGGGGGUCAGCCCUCAGCGCCCGUUGCCGUGCCGAACACGAAGCAGUUUUUUUCUUCCCUGGUACCCACGAGCCGCAGCGCCGCUGUCGUGGCGAAAAUGAGCAGGGUGUUCGACACAACCAUGACCGCGUUUGACACGACCAUGAUGGUGUUCGACACGACCAUGAUCGCGUUGACACGACCAUGAUGGUGUUCGACACGACCACGAUCGUGUUUGACACGACGACGACGACCGUGGUCGACACGACCACGAUCGUGUCGAACACGACGGUCGUGUUCGACACGACGACGAUCGUGUUCGACGACCACGUUCGACGAUCGUGCUCGACGAUCGCGUUCAGCACGACGACGACCGUGCAGGGCCCGAUGACGAGCGCGCUCGACUCGGCGACAAACGUGUUGGACACGACGACCAUCGUGUUCGACCCGACGAGGAUCGUGCCGGACACGACAACGAUUGUGUCGGACAUGACGACGAUUGUGUAUGACUGUCGGACACGAUUUGACGAUUGUGUAGGACACAACGACGAUCAUGUAAGACAUGACGACGACCAUCGUGUGUUGGACACGACGACCAUCGUGCUCGACACGACGACCAUCGUGUUCGACCUGAUAACCAUCGUGUUCGACCCGACGACGAUCGUGACGGACACGACGACCAUCAUGUCGGACACGACGACGAUCGCGCCGGACACGACGACCAUCAUGUUCGACACGACGACGAUGGUGUUCGACACGAUGACGAUCGUGUUCGACACGACGACAAUCGUGUUCGACACGACGACCACUGUGGUCGACGCGAUGACCAUCGUGUCCGACACGAUGACGAUCGUGUUCGACACGACGAUCGUCGAGUCAUCCACACGACGACGAUUGUGUUCGACAUGACGACGACUGUGGUGGAAGUGUUGGAGAAAAUUUAUUGACUUUACCAAUAAACCAACACUGGACAG